AUGGCCACCCCCAAUGUCCUGGCUUUUGACGCUGAGGGUAGAGCCAUUGACUUUGCAGUCUGGAUUGAGGACCUGCAGCUGUACUUACUGUGUGAUGCGGUCGAUGAGGUCUCUCUCUUUGACUUUGUCUCUGGUGCUGUCCCUGCCCCUCCUCCUGAUGCUGAUUCCGCCGUUCGCUCCAAGUGGGCGACCCGCGAUGCUGCUGCACGUCUUGCUGUGCGUCGCCACCUCCCUUCCUCCGAGCGUGCCCACUUUAGUCAGUGCAAGACCGCUCAGGCCUUGUAUGACGCUGUAGUUGCACGCUACUCCUCCCCUUCCUCCGCUACGCUGAGCCGCCUCAUGCUACCUUUUCUCUUCCCUGACCUCGCUGCCUUUCCCACUGUCGCUGACCUCAUUACCCACCUCCGCGCUAAUGACGCUCGCUACCGCGCUGCCCUUCCUGCUGAGUUCCGCGCCGCCAACCCUCCUCCCAUGUACAUCACUCUCUACUUUCUUGUCACCCGUCUCCCUGAGUCCCUCCGUGUCGUUAGGGACCAGUUUCUCUCUGUCUGUCCCACCACCCUCACUGUCGACCUCCUUGAGGAGUCCCUGCUAGCGGCUGAGAAGAGCAUAGUCGCUGUAGGGGCCUCUCGGGGUGACCCUCGCACCCCCAUCUUUGAGGGGUGUUCUCCUUCCCCCCUGCUGCCCUCUGUCGCCUCUGCCGCUGCGGCCGACCUCGCUGGUUUUGAGUCGGUCGGUGCGGCGUCUGCCCCCAGCGGGAGACGCCGCUCUGGCAAGGGCAAGGGGGGCAAGGGAGCGGGUGGAGCUAGAGGGGGCAGUGGCGGAGGAGGUGGGGGUGGCGGGGGGAGUGGGGGUGGCGGUGGAGGUGGUGGCGGGAGUGGAGGUACUGGUGGAGGCGGUGGAGGCGGAGGUGGCGGCGGGGGCGGUAGCGGGGGAGGCGGGGGCGAGGGUACCAGUGGGGGCGGUGGCGGUGGAGACGGGGGCGGUGGUGGAGGCGGGAGUGGCGGUGGCGGCGGGGGUCGGAGUGUCUCGUCCCAGCGCAGCAGCUCUGGGGGUGGUCAGCGCCAGCAGCAGCAGCAGCAACGCUCUCGCACCGUCCCCGCCCCUCAGCAGCUCCAUGAGUGGUACUUGCAGCGCCAGCGUGGUGGUGCGUUUGGUCCCUGCCCCUACGUUCUUCGCACCGGCGACCGUGCGGGGGAGAGGUGUGGAGGCACCCACACGGCCCGCCGCUGCUUUGGCCGCCUGACCGACGCCUGGCGUCAGCAGUUUCCGGAGGCCGCUGAGAUCCCCCGCUGGGGGGAGCUGUCUAGGGCUGGUGUAGCCAUUUAUGAUCUUGAUUUUGAUGCUAUUCUUUCUGCUAUGUAUGUUGUGACUGGUAGUGAUGAGGAUGACUGUUACCGGUGUUUCCCGCCCGACCCGGGCAUUGGUACUGCUGCGUCAGGUACUAGUGAGGCUGCUGCUCUAGGUGCCAGUGCGUCUGAGCUCUCAGGUACUGGUGAGUCUGCCCUCUCAGGUACUGUGUCGGCUUCGGCCUCUCACACCUUCACACUUGACUCUGGAGCGUCUCGCUCCUUCUUUCGGGACCGCACUACUCUCACGCCGCUGAGUCGGCCGGUUGCGGUGUCCCUGGCUGACCCCUCUGGGGGGCCUGUCCUGUCUCGCUUCUCCACGGUACUUCCGUGUCCGGCGGCCCCCUCUGGCACCCUGUCUGGUCUCUACCUCCCCUCGUUCUCGACGAACCUGGUGAGUGGUGCUGACCUACAGGAUGCGGGUGUCCACCAGUUCACUCCUGCUCGUCAGCGGCGUGCUGCCCCUCACUCCUCCCAGUUUCCUCUGGCAGAGGCCCCGCUGCAGACACUUCACAUGGACGUGUGGGGCCCGGCCCGCGUCCUUGGACAGGGUCAGGAGCGCUACUUCCUGCUCGUUGUUGACGACUACUCGCGUUACACCACAGUCUUCCCCUUGCGCAGCAAGGGUGAGGUUACUGAGGUGCUGAUCGACUGGAUCCGCGCAGCUCGUCUUCAGCUCAGGCAGAGCUUUGGCUCCGACUUUCCUGUGUUGCGUCUGCACUCUGACAGAGGCGGAGAGUUCUCCUCUGGCCUUCUUCGUGCCUACUGUCGAGCGCGAGGCAUCCGCCAGUCCUUCACGCUUCCGGACUCCCCACAGCAAAAUGGGAUUGCUGAGCGCCGCAUUGGCAUGGUCAUGGACGUCGCCCGUACGUCCAUGAUGCAUGCGGCUGCCCCCCAUUUUCUGUGGCCGUUUGCGGUCAGGUACGCAGCGCAUCAGAUCAACCUCCACCCCAGGGUCUCCAGGCCGGAGACCUCCCCAGCCCUGCUGUGGACGGGGAAGGUUGGCGAUGCGUCGGCGUUCCGGGUCUGGGGAUCUCAGGCGUUUGUCCGCGACUUGUCUGCGGACAAGCUGUCCCCUCGCGCUGCUCCCUGCGUCUUCCUGGGGUUCCCCCCUGACGCCCCUGGGUGGCAGUUCUACCACCCCACCUCUCGACGUGUUCUGUCCUCCCAGGACGUCACGUUCGACGAGUCGGUACCCUACUACCGCCUCUUCCCCUACCGCACUCCGUCCCUCCCCCCGCCCCCGCUUUUCCUGGUACCAGGUCCCCCCCCGGUAGACCCCCUCCCCCCUCAGGGUCCUGCCCCGUCAGGUGUGUCCCAGGUAGACGCGGUCGAGCCUGUCGAGGUCACUGGUGACUCUGGUGCUGCUGCGGGAGCUGAGCCUGGGGGUGCAGCGUCUGGGGGUGCUGAGCCUGGGGGUGCGGAGUCUGGGGGUGCUGAGCCUGGGGGUGGGGAGUCUGGGGGUGCGGAGUCUGGGGGUGCGGAGUCUGGGGGUGCUGAGCCUGGGGGUACUGAGCCUGGGGGUGCUGAGCCUGGAGGUGCUGUGCCUGGGGGUGCUGUGCUUGGGACUGCUGUACCUGGGGGUGCUGAGCCUGGGGGUGCUUCGUCUCGCCGGGAGCCACUCUCCCCACAGGAGCUGCGUGAGUGGUUUGCCAGGCGCUGGAGGCGUGCUGCUAGUGCUGGUGGUUCUUCGGCUGCAGAGGGCACUGCUGCCGCGCGUCCCGGCGGUGCUCGUCCUGUGGGUGCUGGAGCUGUUGGGUCUGCGAGUUCUCCUGGAGCUGGUGCUGCUGAGGGUGUUGGCGCUGAGCCUGCUGCUGGCGGUUCGACUGACAGUGCUCCUGGUGCUGCUGCUGGAGGUUCUGGAGCUUCUGGUGGUGCUGCUGGAGGUGCUGCUGGAGUGGGUGCUCCUGCCGAGAGUGCUGGUGCUGUUCCUGCUGUUUCUGGAGUCGCCGCGCGGCCCCGACCGUACUUCGUUCCGCUCCUGCAGCAGGUUCUUGGUCUUCCACUUUCUCCUCCUCCCUUAGAGGGUCCGCAGCCUGUCCGGUCACAGCCACAGCUACAGCCUGCCUCCCCUUUGCCUGCUCCUUCUCCCUACGCUGGUCCGACUGGAGGUCUUACUGAGCGUUGUGAGCCUGCGUCUCGUCCUGCGUCGCCUGUUCGUCCAGAGCGCGCUAGUGGUCGCGGUUCGCGUCAGCGUCCUCCUCCUGUCCCUGGCACGCACCGGAUGUCUCUGCGUCCGUCCACUGCUCCUCUGCGUGCCCCUUUGCCUUCUCCUCCUGCUUCCUCUCUUCCUGCUCUUACCGACCCGGAGUCGGACUCUCUUCGUGCUGCCAGUCCUACUGUCACGCGUCUCCUUGCUACUGCUGUCACUGACCCUUCCUUCGAGUCGUCUGCUGCGUCUGCCCUUGUCACUGAGCUUGUCGACUUUGCUGCGCGCUGUCGUCUAGACUACGCUGCCAGUCUUGUCGCUGAGUCUGAGUCUGCCUGUCCUCCGUCCGUCGGGGGUGAGUGUGCCCUCGGCACGGACGUCCUUGAGGACAGGCAGGAGGAGUUCCAGUGUCUGGCCGCCGCUUCACCCCAUCUCGCGUCUGUACUGCUAGCCCCUGAGGGAGACCCGAAUGCACCAGACAUCCCGACUCCGCGCUCUUACGCGGAGGCGAUAGAGGGUCCCUACUCCUCUCAGUGGCAGGCAGCUAUGGACGCAGAGAUGGCUUCCUGGAAGUCCACAGGCACCUACGUCGACGCUGUCCCCCCUCCUGGGGCGAACAUCGUCAGUGGCAUGUGGAUUUUCAGGGUGAAGCGGCCGCCGGGUUCUCCGCCUGUCUUCAAGGCGCGUUACGUGGCUCGUGGCUUCAGUCAGCGGCAGGGGGUUGACUACUUUCAGACCUUCUCCCCAACCCCGAAGAUGACCACUCUUCGGGUUCUGCUGCACGUUGCUGCUCACCGUGACUACGAGCUGCACUCUCUCGACUUCAGCAUAGCUUUCUUGCAGGGCAGUCUGCACGAGGAGAUCUGGCUGCGCCGCCCACCUGGCUUCACUGGGUCUUUCCCUCCUGGUACCCAGUGGAGUCUCCGGCGUCCAGUCUACGGUCUCCGCCAGGCGCCACGUGAGUGGCACGACACACUGAGGACUACGCUCGCGGCACUUGGGUUUGCUCCGUCUACUGCCGACCCAUCGCUGUUUCUGCGCACCGACACCUCUCUGCCGCCGUUCUACAUCCUCGUGUACGUCGACGACUUGGUCUUUGCCACAGCUGACACUGCUGGACUCGCCUACGUGAAGUCCGAGCUGCAGAAGAGACACACGUGCACUGACCUGGGUGAACUGCGCAGCUACCUUGGCUUUCAGAUCACCCGGGACAGAGCACGCCGCACCAUUACCCUGACUCAGUCACACAUGGUGCAGCAGGUCCUUCAGCGCUUCGGCUUCACGUACUCCUCGCCUCAGGCCACUCCUCUGCCUACUCGCCACUCGCUCUCACCUCUGCCUUCGGAUGAGUCCGUAGAGUCGAGUGGCCCGUAUGCAGAGCUUGUUGGCUGCCUCAUGUACCUGAUGACCUGCACUCGACCUGACCUUGCAUACCCUCUUAGCAUUCUCGCACGCUAUGUUGCUCCUGGGAGACACCGACCAGAGCAUAUGGCUGCAGCAAAGAGGGUGUUGCGCUACUUGUGCAGUACGUCAGGCAUGGGGCUAGUGCUUGGAGGGCGCAGUCCAGUGGUCCUCACUGGGCACGCAGACGCUUCUUGGGCUGACGACCAGGCUACGCAGCGGUCGUCACAGGGUUACACCUUCAGCCUUGGUUCCGGCUCUGUUUCGUGGCGGGCUACCCGCUCGUCUUCUGUUCUCGGCUCCAGUUGUGAGGCUGAGAUCUACGCUGGGGCUAUGGCUGCACAGGAGUUACGCUGGCUCACCUACCUGCUGACCGACCUUGGAGAGCAGCCUCGUUCUCCUCCAGUCCUGUACGUAGACAACAAGGCCAUGCUGGCCUUGUGUCGAGAGCAGAGACUGGAGCACAGGACAAAGCACAUUGCUCUCCGCUACUUUCUUGCUCGUGAGCUACAGCAGCGUGGACAGUUGCGACUUGCGUACGUGGCCUCUGAGGCCAACACUGCUGAUGUGUUCACCAAGGCACUUGCGCCUUGUGAUCAUCAGCGCUGCUGCACGCAGCUGGGUCUUGUGUCUGUCUUGCCUCACUUGCUCACUUCUUGA